AUGGCCCUCCUUGUAACUCUGGGGCUCUUGAUGGCAGGGAUCUGCCCUGCCAUCCUCUGCCAACAAGAGGGCACAUUGGGAAGGAACACUGAACUUCAGGAAGAUUGGAAAAAUGGGACAAAAGUGGACAGUCUAACCAUGGCCUCCAUCAACACUGACUUUGCCUUCAGCCUCUACAAGGAGCUGGUUUUAAAGAAUCCAGAUAAAAACAUCGUCUUCUCCCCAUUCAGCAUCUCAUUUGCCUUGGCCUUCCUGUCCCUGGGAGCAAGCAGCAACACCAUGGAAGAGAUUCUGGAAGGUCUCAAGUUCAAUCUCACAGAGACCCCUGAGGCAGACAUCCACAGGGGAUUUGGGCACCUCCUCCACAUGCUCAGCCAGCCAGAGGACCAGGUGCAGAUCAGCACAGGCAGCGCCAUAUUUGUUGAAAAGCAUCUGCGGAUCCUGGCAGAGUUCAAGGAGAAGGCAAGGGCCCUGUACCAGGCGGAGGCCUCCUUGGCUGACUUCCAGCAGCCUCAUGAGACCAAAAAGCUCAUCAAUGACUAUGUGAGCAAACAGACCCAGGGGAAGAUCAAGGAACUGAUUUCAGACCUGGAUAUUCAGACAGUGAUGGUGCUGGUGAAUUACAUCUUCUUUAAAGGAAAAUGGGAGAUGGCCUUUGACCCUCUUGAUACAUUCGAAUCCGAGUUUCACUUGGACAAUAAAACGACUGUGAUGGUGCCCAUGAUGAACAUUGAGGACCUGACCACACCCUCCUUCCGGGAUGAGGAGCUGUCCUGCUCAGUGGUGGAGCUGAAGUACACAGGCAAUGCCAGCGCCCUGUUCAUCCUCCCUGACGAGGGCAAGAUGCAGCAGCUGGAAGCCAGCUUGCAGCCAGAGACCCUGAGGAGAUGGAAGGACUCCCUGAAGCCCAGGCUGAUCAACAAGCUCUAUCUGCCCAAGUUCUGCAUCUCCACUGACUACAGCCUGGAGAACAUCCUUCCACAGCUGGGCAUCAGGGAAGUCUUCUCCACACUGGCUGACCUGUCUGGGAUCACAGGGGACAAGAACCUGAUGGUCUCUCAGGUGGUCCACAAGGCUGUGCUGGAUGUGGCAGAGACGGGCACAGAGGCAGCUGCCGCCACAGGAGUCAGCAUCUCCUUUAGGUCUAGAAAAUGGUUGCCAAUGACUGUGUACUUAGACAGACCGUUCCUGAUGAUUGUCUUUGACACAAACACUCAGAUAGCACUCUUUAUGGCCAAAAUCACAAAUCCUAAGAGGGGCUAA